AUGGGAAUUGCAUUGAUCUGGUGUUUAGCUCUGAUCCUUAUCAAAUGGAUUACUUCUAAGAGACGUGGAGCAAUUUCCUAUGACAGCUCUGAUCAGACUGCGUUGUACAUUCGUAUGCUAGGAGAUGUGCGAGUAAGAAGUCGGGCAGGAUUUGAAACAGAGAGAAGAGGUUCUCAUCCAUACAUUGAUUUCCGUAUUUUUCACUCAAAUUCUGAAAUUGAGGUGUCUGUUUCUGCGAGAAAUGUAAGAAGGUUGCUUAGUUUCCAGAGGUACCUGAGAUCUUCCCGUUUUUUCCGUGGUAUCACUGUUCCAAAUUCUUCAAACAUUUUAGAUGAUGACUAUAAUGGACAAGCAAAGUGUAUGCUGGAGAAGGUUGGAAAUUGGAAUUUUGAUAUUUUUCUUUUUGAUAGACUGACAAAUGGAAACAGUCUAGUCAGCUUAACCUUUCAUCUGUUUAAUCUUCAUGGACUAAUUGAACACUUCCAGUUAGAUACGAUGAAACUUCGUAGAUUUUUGGUCAUGGUUCAAGAAGAUUAUCACAGUCAAAACCCUUACCAUAAUGCAGUUCAUGCUGCUGAUGUGACUCAGGCCAUGCACUGUUACUUAAAAGAACCCAAGCUUUCCAAAUCUUUAACUCCAUGGGACAUUCUGCUUAGUUUAAUAGCAGCUGCCACACAUGAUUUGGAUCACCCAGGCGUUAACCAACCUUUCCUAAUUAAAACAAACCAUUACUUAGCAACUUUGUAUAAGAAUACCUCAGUAUUAGAAAACCAUCACUGGAGAUCAGCAGUGGGGUUGCUGAGAGAGUCUGGUUUAUUUGCACAUAUGUCAUUGGAAAACAGGCAGCUGAUGGAAAGCCAGAUAGGUGACCUCAUUCUUGCCACAGACAUCAGUCAGCAAAAUGAGUACCUAUCCAUGUUCCGAUCCCACUUGGACAGAGGAGACCUAUGUUUAGAGAAUGCAAACCAUCGUCACUUCAUUUUACAGAUGGCUUUGAAGUGUGCUGAUAUUUGUAAUCCAUGUCGGACGUGGGAGCUGAGUAAGCAGUGGAGUGAAAAAGUAACAGAGGAGUUCUUCCAUCAAGGAGAUAUUGAAAAGAAGUAUCACUUGGGUGUGAGUCCACUUUGUGACCGACAGACAGAAACUAUUGCCAACAUCCAGAUCGGUUUUAUGACCUACUUGGUGGAGCCACUGUUUGGGGAAUGGGCCCGUUUUUCAAACACAAGGCUGUCACAGACGAUGCUGGGCCACCUGGGACUGAACAAGGCCAGCUGGAAGGGGGUGCAGAGGGAACAGUCUGGCAGCGGUGACGAUGUUGACCCCGCUUUUGAGGAAAUGGACUCAGACCUAUUACCUCAGGAACCUCGAUUGUCCUGACCUCAAUCCUCAUGACUAAACUGCCUCUUUCUUCUCUUGGUAUCUGCACGGUUGGAUUAAAGGAGAUACUUGCC